AUGACUUGUAAAAGGCUGACCAUGUGGAUGCCAGCAUCACCCUAUAUACAAUCAGAAAUUUUAUUUCCUAAACUUGAAACUCUUGAGAUACAAAGAUGCCCGCAACUUGAAAAGGUACCUUGUUUACAGUUACAAUCAGUGAAGGAUUUGAAACUUGACAAAGUUGGUGACACACAAUCCUUGAAAAUGGAAAAAAUGAAGGUCCUACCUCAAAAGCUGUCAUAUUUUUCAAAGUUGGAGAAUUUGACUGUGAGGUAUUGUGAAAACAUGAAGAGUAUACCCAAUGGCCUGAUGUCCCUUAAGAAAUUGGCGGUACAGAAAUGCCCAUCACUGGCUUGUAUUCCAGAUGACCUCUCUUCUCUGAAUACAUUGGAAAUUCGAGUAUGCCCAUUGCUAGCUUGUAUUCCAGAUGGCCUCUCGUCUCUGCGUGAAUUGAUUGUUAUUGAUUGUGAAGGGUUACAAAGUUUGCCAAAAAGUCUAAAGGAAUGUUCAUCUUUAGAGCUCGUGUGUAUUUGUGAGUGUCCACUGAUUAAGGGUCCCAUCCCAGAUUUGGGCAGAUUGGAGGGACUUGUAAAAUUGUAUUUGAUAAAUUCAGGGGAGUUGAUGAUUCCCUGUCUGCAGUGGAUCCCAAAUCUUCAUAGCCUUUGGGAAUUAAAAAUUGGUGGAUUUGGAAAUACCCCGAAUCUUCCUAAGCUUACGUAUCCCCAUUCCCUAAGGAACCUAUCAUUGCAAGACUUCCCUAAUAUCAAGUUUCUGCAUCAACAAUUCCUCCCUUCUACCCUUCAUUCUCUAGAAAUUUUUAGAUUUGAUGAAUUGGAACAAAUUCCAGAGUGGAUAGGCAACCUGUCAUCUCUUCAGUCCUUGACUUUACUGCACUGCAACAAGUUGAAAUGUCUUCUACCUUUAAAACAUGCCACAUUACAAGCUCUAUAUAUUGCUGACUGCCCACUUUUGACAGAAAGAUGUGCCAAAGACGGUGGAUAUGAAUGGCCUCACAUCUCACAUAUCCCAAAUAUUCAUAUCAGUUAG